AUGUCAUUUGAACAAAAAAACAGUUUUAUAAAAUUAAUAAACAUACCAACUCACGAUGAAUACGAUAUCCCAAUUCAAGUAUUUAAAGGUGGUGUUUUAGUUGAUCAUCAUAAUCAACCAAAUUAUAUAUCUCAACUUUUUAAUGAAACUAAUAUCAAUGGAUUGAUAAUAAAUAAACCUUGGUCUGAAAAAUUCGAUGAAUUGAAAGAAGGUGAUGUUGCUUAUGUUAUUAAUAUUGAUGAUUUGGAAAGAGUUGAACAAACAGCUUCCGGUGAUAUUGUUGAUAUAAGUCAAUAA